AUGUCUGCUGCCAGCCAUAUACCCCUGCUAAACCCCAAUGCUACUCCCUUCCAGCCUCGAAGGUCCCGGGGCUCCCAAAGAACAACCAACUGCAACAACCUCAAACUGUUCGUCACGAGCCUCAACAUCGGGUUUUUGAAUAUCUGCAGCCUGCGCUACAAGCUGCAUGCACUGGACAGCCUUGCCCACCAGCACCACUGGGACGUCGUUGGCGUUGCCGAGACCUGGCUGGAUAGUACAAUCUCGGAUGGCGAAAUUUGUAUUCCCGGCUACAGUGUUGUUCGCUGUGACCGGCCCGAUCGCCAGGGUGGGGGCACAUGCCUCUAUUACAAGACAUCACUCCCAGUUACCUAUCGUUCUGAUCUGCACAAUAGCCACCUGGAGGCUACCUGGAUAGCUAUUGGCGGAGGGCAACACCAGCACCUCGUUGGAUGCCUCUAUCGCCCACCAAAUGCAACUGCUGAUUUCUGGGGCCACCUGGACACAGUCCUCCACAAUGCUGCCACGAUCACGCCAUCAAUGACACUGGUGGGUGACUUUAAUAUCAAUCUGGCUCAAUGCAUGACCAGUCGUCCUCACCAGCGCUUCUGGGACCUUAUCGGAUCGUAUGGGCUCCGCAACUAUGUUCAGUCUGCCACACGAGUCACACCCCGAUGUCCGGAUGGAACGCUGCUUGAUCUAGUGCUCUCCACCGUGGGUACUAUAAGUCAUUGUGAAGUUGUACCCUGCACGAUCAGCGAUCACUUCCUUGUGCAUGCAAGUCUGUCUCUACCCUCCUCGCAACACCCACUGCAGCGGAAAUCAGUGCGCCUCACCCGCAAGAUCCGUGCCAUUAACCUUGCAACAUUUCGUGAAGAUAUUGCCUCGUGCAGCCUCCACUCCUUUCCCCCUGCUGCAACUGUAGACGAGAUGUGGAAUGGCUGGCAUGCCAAGUUUAUGUCGGUUCUCGAAAGUCACGCUCCCCUGCGUGAAGUCAGAAUCUCCACCAGGAGGACUCCCCCGCCAUGGUCCGACCGUGAUCUAUUCCAACUGAACAUGCGCAAGAAUAGACUUCACCGAAAGUGGCUACGAGAUAAGACUAACGUGCAUCUACAUGAGGAGUACAAGCGAGCCCGUGCAGAAGCCUCAAAUGCUUACCGGCGAAAACGCAAUCAGCAUUUCCAACAGCAGUGUCGUGAUCACUCCUCCAACCUGCGGAAGAUGUGGUCCGUGAUCAACUCUGUCACUAGCCGUUCUCGUCAACAUCAUCAGCCAACGUGCGACAUCACAGAAGUCUCGGAUGCCUUCCACAGCAUUGUACAUGAUCCGUCCCGUCCGGCGCAGCUCCAGAUUCCCAUUGGUCCACAGCCGCAAGGCUCAAUGCUGACCUUCCAGUCAACUACCCCAGAUGAGGUCAAGCACCUCCUGGAACGGAUAAAUCCCUGCAAAGCCACAGGCAGUGAUGGGAUUCCUGGGUGUCUGCUACGUGCUUGCGCUGACCUGUUGGCUCCAUCGCUUUCAGUGCUCUUCAGCUCAUCGCUGAGGCAUGGUGAAGUCCCUCUGGCUUUCAAACAUGCUGUAAUAAGCCCUCUCUUCAAAGCUGGCGAUCCAUCGGUAGCUGCGAAUUAUCGUCCUGUGUCGCUCCUGCCGAUCGUAUCCAAACUACUCGAGAAGAUAGUCCAGAAGCAACUUGUUGCACAUCUGGAGCGAUCAUGUGCCAUACCACCGACUCAGUUUGCCUUCCGCCUUUCCGGGUGCAUUCACUCGCGUCAAAAGAUGUAG